UGGGCUGCCCUGAGGAGGCGCCUUCUGCCAGCCCGCUCUGUCCCCCAGGGCCCAUCAAUGGGUAGCUCCAAUGCCGCAGGUGCCCUGGCGAAUGGGACCGAAGAUGGAUAGCCCCCCCAAGCUGACAGGAGAAACCCUGAUCGUUCACCAUAUUCCGCUGGUGCAUUGCCAGGUGCCGGACCGGCAGUGCGGCAGCACCGCCCAGCGCACCAACCCUUUCUUUCCCUUCGACCUGGGGGUCAGGCGGGCCAGUUCGCUCCCCGAGAAGACCCUCCUGCACACAGACUCGCUGGUCUACAGCAGCCUCCUCAGAGCUUCCGACGGGGCUCCGGAAGAGGAGCCGGUGGGUGGGCAGAGCCCUUCCCCCACACUGGCUGUCCCUGCAGCCCCCCGGCGGCAGAACCCCUUCCUGCUGAAGGACGGCGAGGCCUGGGAUCUCUGUGAGGACGACUCGGAGCAGAAGUCCUUCCAUCUGCAUGAUGGCCGGUCUGCCUUCCGCCUGCACGAGCCGGCGCUGCCCCCCUUCCAUCUGCAUGGUGGCAGCCCUGUGGUGAGGCCCUGGGAUGGCAGCCAGCGGGUGGACCCGGUGGAAGGCCACGCUGGCCUGGCAGCCAAUGAGGAGGCUCAGGACAAGGGCUACUUGGUGGCAGAAUGCAUGGAGCUAGACGAGUACAGCUGCCACCGUGGGGACCCCUCCAGCCUCUCCCUGGAGCAGGAGUGGGCCAGCGAGUCAGAUGAGCUGAUGAACAACCCAGAGGCCGUCCGCAGCCGGACGUGCAGCUGCUCCACCUCCGAACUGCAGCGCUGCCGGUGCUACAGCCUCUCGAGCCAGUCGGAGCCCCUGGACCAGCAGAUGGGCUAUGUCAGUGACUCCUCCUGCAACAGCUCCGAUGGCAUCCUGGUCAACUUCAGCACCCUCUACCAGAGGCGGCACGGCCACCCUCACACCAACCUGAACUCCGGCCCCUUGUCCUGCGACUCCUCUUCGGGCAGCCAAUCAGACAUGGCUGCCUUUUACCUCGAUCUGCACUCCUCUUCCCACGAAUCCAAGAUGCCCGGAGAGCUACAGGAUCUGGAGGGGCCGGGGAAGUCCUGCGGGUGCCACCACCCUUCCUCCCCUGUCCUGGAUGCCAACUGCAACUCCUACCCACCGCUCUGCGAUCCGUGCCCGUCCGAUGGCUCUGACCUGACCGCCUGCUUCCAGAGCCAGGCGCGGCUCGUGGUGGCCACCCAGAACUACUACAAGCUGGUGACGUGCGACUUGUCCUCCCAGUCCUCCCCCAGCCCCCCUGGCUCCUCCAUCACCAGCUGCUCUGAGGAGCAGGCCAGGAGCAGCCCCCUCCAGCCCACCGAGUACUACCUCUUCCAGAGACCUGGGGAGAGUGACAUGGAGGGGUCCCGGGAUGAGGAGUCCCAGGAGGAGUCGGACAAAAAUGCCAUCGAAGGACAGGUCUACAUCAACGUCUCCCCGCCCAGCCUGGCCGCGGGCAGGCAGCGCUCACGGAGCUACGACCGUCACCUGGACCGCAGCAGCCCCUCCAGCCGGCUGGGCUCCCUGGAGCGCAUGCUGAGCUGCCCAGUCAAGCUGAGCGACAGCCCCUCCUUGGCCCUCCAGAGCUCCCCUCCCAAGCGAGUGACCUCCUUCGUGGAGCUGGCCAAGGGCCGGAAGAAGAACGGCUCCUCGCCACCCAUUCGGACCAGCCGGGACUCGUCCCUGGAGUUCUCGCCCAUCCCCGAGGGCCAGAAGGACAGCUCCGUCUUUCUGGAGAGUCAGGAACGGCACAGCCAGAUCCUCCCACCCCUGCCAUUGGCGUGCUCCGAAGGUGAAGAUGCCAGAAGAGCCGCCGCCUUCAGGGAGGUGCCCACCUGUGGGCAAGAGGAGGAUGAACCGCUGUUUUUUUCUGCCGUGUCAGAGACGGGGGCUGGUGGCGGCAGCAUCUUUGGCCAGAAGGAGAUUCGAGCCCGAGCUGAUG